AAUGAAAAAUACUUAACAUCCCUCACUUUGUUCAAAUUCUUGGGUAUAGCCCCACAAAAUUAUGUUUAGAAACUAUGACAAUUGGAAAUGCCAAAAUUGCAACACCAUGAUCCAAUGGCGGUAUCCUGGGUGUUCUAUGAUCGAGAAUAAGUGAGCUCAUCUGCAUGAUGAUAGUCAAACUGAUAUGAAUUUUAAUCCUUCCAUUGCUAGACCUUUUGGUUCUGAGAUGUGUAAUGGACGUGGAAUAUGUGAUACAGAUCCAAUUCCAAAACACGGAGUCCUGGGAUUAUGUAACACUCAUUAUCAACCUAGUAAAUCUAUAACUACUGCAAAAAUGACAAUGAAUAGUCCAACGUCUGGUAAAUAUCCUAGGAUACAAUCUAAGUUGAUGAGAUUGCCCAAUUUUUCAAGUUCGAACAUCAAGUCACCAACAGAAAAGAAGUUCUUCAAAGAUCCUAAAAUUGCUCACAAAGAUCCACUAGAUACGGGAUGUUCGACACCCCAAAUGAAACUUGCAGGCCCUUAUACAGAACCUCCUAAUCCUGGGAAACAGAUGAAACUUGGAGAACCGUAUUAUGAACACCAAUCCGUAGAAAUGGACUUUUAUGCAGAUUUUUAGAUCAAAGUGACCCAUAAGAGAAUGCCGGAUUGGACAUGAUAGAUUCUUACAGAUCUGGAUGAAAGUUGAAAAAAAGGCAAAUAAAUGAUGAUGUUUUUCCAAAUAAUCAACUUGUAAAGAUUAUCUCUAUGAAUAAAUUCUGAAUACUAGGAUUGGAUGCUGAGAAGUUUGUCAAGCAUGAAUUGUAAUUUGAUCAGGAUUCACUUGUCAUCUGUCAUUUUAGUUGAAUGAUUUUCAAAAUUACUUUUUAUUAAAUUCUGACUGGAAGCAAACACAAAAUUUCCUCGUGGCUAAAUUCAAAAUUCAAAAUUCAAAUACAUUAUCACUCGAAAUGAAGUAACGUAUCGAUGCAAUGUUCAAGGCAUUUCCUGAUAUAGUGGUAACUUGUAGAACCGAACCAAUUGGGUACUACUCCAUUAAUUGGGAGGAGAUAGCAAGAUGGGCUUUAGAACAUGGAGAGCCAGAAAAUAUUCAGGGGGCAUGUAUGUCAGAAGAUAAUGCAGCCGCAAACUAUGGACAACCCAUUGACUGGUGUAGCAUUGCUGAUUCUUUCAUGCGAGAGGAAGCUUUGGAAGAUGCAGCUGAUAACUGCGAUGUGGAUGACUUAAAUGCAUCAAUUAGAGAACACGAGCAGCCAAUUCUAUGCCCGGACGAAACUAAUAAUUGCGGAGCAGCUGGAAGCUAUGGAGGACUCCCAUCACCUAUACAACACAUACGGAGUACCCGAACCCCAGCAGCAUUGCGCCAAAGAUUGCCGAUGUCAGUGGAUUAUGAUUAUAUGGAUAAUUCUGAGUUGAAUCGAUCGAUGAGAGAAUCUGACUUUAAUAAUACAUCCUGCUAUGGAAGAACACCUCCAAGUUCAAUUCAGGAUUUUUCAUGCAUGGAAGGAGAGCACAUGCACGAUUCUACAGGAGAUUAUCAAUCAGACAUACUUUCAUAUCUUGAAGGAAGAGCUGAGAGAAACAGGCCCCAUAGCAUAGCGGAAGGCUAUCAUUUCGCGGGUAGUGCCUAUGGAAGAGCAGACAAUAGCGAUGACCGUAGAGUUUACACCAGUACACCAAAAAAAAAGCAGAGGACUACCAGAGCAGAAACUUUUGAAAUGGUUGAUGGCUCCAAAAUGUUCAACGUAACAUUUGAUGAGUGUUUGAGUUUUGGAAGAAAACUGAGACAUAUUAGUGAUGUUAGAGCUGCAAACGGAUGCCAAAUUAUGCAUUUAGAUCGCGAGAUUAACGAAAAGCCAGAUGGAACAAGACACAGGGUAGACAUUGCCCGGAGAUGGCUCGAUUUGGAUGAAGACGAGCCUGGAUGUUCUUGAUAAGUGACACAGAAUGAAAUCAGAGUGAAAUUCAAAAUUAAAAAAUAUCUUACGAAAUGAUAUUUCAUUUGGAAAUAAAUCUCAUAAAUUUUUCAAAUUA